GUCUCUAAGAAAUGGGGUCCAGCUGUCCCAAAAGCCAAUCUGCCUCUCUUUAACUGUGACCUCAGCCCCAGCCCUGCCUAAACCUGGCUCUUUCUGCAGCAAGAGUGCUGUGGGACAUCUGGCCCCAUGGACUGGGUGAAUUACACAUCCGCCUUCCGGGCAGCCACUGCAGAAGUGGAAUUCCCCUGGCCCCCUCUGUGCUGUCGUCGGACCGGGAACUUCAUCCCCAUCAAUGAAGAAGGCUGCCGAGUGGGCCACCUGGACUACCUGUUUACCAAGGGCUGCUUCGAGCACAUCGGUCAUGCCAUCGACAGCUAUACAUGGGGCAUAUCGUGGUUUGGCUUUGCCAUCUUGAUGUGGACACUGCCUGUGAUGCUGAUAGCUAUGUAUUUCUAC